UUGCACGUGUAUACAAACAAAGGGGGCGGGGUCGUCAGGUUUGUGUCUCACAUCUUGUGCGUUUACCUUUUCCAUGGUUUACCUGUGACACGACAAGAAAUCAUAAUCCAAUCCUACUCUUGGAUUAGUUCAAAAUGGCGGCUGCUCAUCAGUUUUUAUCCACGCCGGUUAAACUUCCAAAGCAAUGGCAGCCGCGUCUAAAUGAGUGGAGUGUAUACCAUUGCAGUCACCCGGAUGUAGCCCAGGCUGGAUGGCGGAAGUGGUCUGCUGAGCACCCUGACUGGUAUGCCCGAAAGUCCUCUUCUACCACACCGGACUGGUUCCGACGAAGAGUGAACACUAUCAGGAGAGCCGACUACAAGAACGUGAACUGGCACUACGACUUGGCGUCCAAACCCAACAGCAGAAACCACGACAUCUUCGUGUCCAAUACCAACGAGGUUCUUCAGAAGGACACCGCCAAGGCCAUGCCCCCGAACAGAGCGUAUCGAGGCAGUGUAGAGUACCCCAAGCCCUUCCCCGCGGAAAUUCCCGCCCCCAGAUGGGGUCUGUACAACCCUCACCAUUAUGAGGAACCCACACGCUUUACCCACUUUCCACCAAUCAAACACACGGGACUAGAUACGACGAUUGUGCACAUGUAAACCUCUUAUAUAUACACCGUAGUGAUUGCACCAUUGAAGUCUCAAGUUGUAGGCCUAUUCGUUUCGCCGUUGGUGAUUGACACGUCUUUGUACGUCUUGGUACUCUCUUUUAGGCAGUUGACGUUUGUUUAGUCUUUGUGCCUUUGCCACUGAAUUUUAUUAAAUCUCUGUACGUCUUUCGCUGGUGACGUUUGUUAAGGCUUUGUACUCUUUUCACCAUUGACGUUUGUUAAGUCUUUGUACGUCUUUGUACUCUUUUUUGACUAUUGCAUGGCGUUUGUUAAACGUCUUUCUACGUCUUUCGCCGGUGACGUUUGUUAACUCUUUGUACGUCUUGGUACUCCCCUGUCGUCAUGCAUUGACCUUUUGUUAAGUCCUUGUACGUUUUGGUACUCCCCUUUCGCCGUUGAGGUUUGUUAAGUCUUUGAACGCCUUGGUACUCCUGUUUCGUCAUAAACAUUUGUUAAGUCUUAGUACGGCUUUGUACGCCUUUAUUCGAAAGGCGGCCUGAUAAAAGGAAGGAGCAGAAGUUACCCACGGGCUAAAUAAGGCUUGGAUGUACAUUUAUACUCACAUUGUAUAUCAUAGGCGAAGGGAGUUGAUUCCGGAGAUGCUGUUAAAUGGAAAUAUGUAAAAGUGAUAAACUGUACUGGGCAGAUUGAAAAUGCUCGUUUUAGUUGACAAUGUAUGUGAAAUUACAGAUGGUUGUGUCAUUUGAGUUACAGCCCUAAUAAAACGUGAAUAAUUUUAACACGCUGGUAUAAAGGGCGUGAAGACCUAGGCGUAUAUUCAAGUACAACGGGUCUACGAGAUCCCCAAUAUGA